AUGUCUGCAGUUGCCAAGGAAGCUAUUUCAAAGAUCAGCUGGUCAACCAUUAUCCAGCAACUUGGAUUGGGAGGUAAGACUGCUGUUUCUCUCACUACUUUCAAGAAGAGAAAUGAUGAGGCUAAAACUGCCUUGUACAACUUAAAGCAGGAGGAAAUAGAUGUUGAUUUUGAUGCAUACAAAUCUAAAUUGCACAACGCUAAGAUUGUCGAUAAGAUUCAGGCCGAUGUUAAGAGCUUUAAGACUACUAAGACGGAUCUGAAGAAACAAUUGAACCUUAUUUCUGCCUUCCAGACAAAAGCUGUGGAAAAUGCCAAAGAAACUGAAUCACUGGUGUUGAAAGAGUUGACCGAACUUGAGAAAACUUUGCAAAACAUAGAGUCUGCCAGACCAUUUGAUGAGUUGACAGUUGACGAUGUUGUCAAGGCUAGACCAGAUGUUGAAGACAAAGUCCAGUACAUGUUGGACAACGGUAAAGUUGAGGUUCCAGGCUACAAGGAGAAGUUCGGAAGUCUGGUUAUUAUGUGA